AUGAAGAUGAUUCGUUUCUUAAAAUCAAUGUCAAGGACAGUUCACGAAGAACAUCAUGACCAGCUGGUGAAGCAUAAGACUGAUCCUGAUCCAUAUCACGAAGGUACAUGUCCCUCAUCACUAACAGUGUGGAGAAAGUCACUCGUAAUUAGUUGUAAUGGAUUUACAGUGAUCGAUUCCGGUGGAAAUUUAGUGUAUCGGGUCGAUAAUUAUAGCGGACGACCCGAGGAAAUCACUCUCAUGGAUGGCUCUGGAAUACCCGUCCACACAAUGCGUCGUUGCAAGACACUUAGACUAGUUGAUAGCUGGUUUGUAUAUGAAGGGGAAGCUGGUGAUCACCAUUGUAGAACAAGUAGUAAAUCAUCAAAGAAGCCGAUUUGUUCCGUAAGGAAACACGUAAACAUUUUACAUUCCAAUCCGAAUGUACUUGCACAUGUAUUUCGAGGGAGCUCAGAUAAAGGAUAUGCAUACGUGAUUGAAGGUUCAUAUGCUCAUAGAUCAUGCAAAGUGUUAGAUGAGUCAAGGAAGGUAGUGGCUGAGAUCAAGAGGAAGGAAGCGAGUAAGGGAGGAAUAUCAUUUGGGCACGAGGUUUUUGUUUUAGUCGUGCAACCUGGCUUUGAUCCUGGAUUUGCUAUGGCUUUAGUUCUACUAUUGGAUCAAAUGUGUUCCUAG